CCUCGCCUCUCUUCCCUUCACUGGACCCCGUGACACCGCUCCGAUCCCCCACCAUGAAGAUCUUUGCUCUCCUCCUCCUCCUCCUCGUCUCCGCCAAUGCCCAGGUCCCCGAAGACCCGUGUUGCUGCGACUCCUGCGAGGGUGACCUGGGAAAGUGCUUAGAUCUCUGCCUGGAGUACUUUCCCGACACCCUCGGCGUCUGCUUCGAGCCCCCCUACCGCUGCUGGUGCUACAAUACCAACUGCGCCGGUGAGUCCACUCGCCAGCGACCUCGUGUUGCCUGGCAACAUGCACGCAACGCCCCUCGAUGGUCUGCAACAUUUCUACGCACAUCAGUUCAGGCUUUCCUGGACAAGACUGGUUAUCGCAAAGGCCAUAUAGAGCAAGAAUCAAGUCCUCAGGACAUAGAAAUACAGGCAACAAAUGGGUUGGGUGUUCCAAAGGAGGAGGAAGAGGAGGAGGAACAGCUGGAGACCUCACAUGAAAGGACAUCAACUCCUCGCAGGUCACCCCAUCGAUUCACCCGUCAUCAUUCUCCUCCUCCACGCCGGUCUGGGGCCCGACAUCGAGGUCAUUUACCCUACCCAAGUGCAAGGAUAUUGUCUCCUAUGCUGCUCAGUGACUUCUCGGCCCCACCACCUAUUGUAAUGCCUGGUCCAAUGGCAGUGACUAGUCUCUUGGGUGCACCACCUGUUCCUCUUCGUCCACCUAUCCCCCUCUUCUUGGCAAGGCCUUUCGCAUCAUCCAUGAUGAAUUCAGAGUCAACAGGCUCAAGCGAGACAUCCAUUUUGGCUGAUGAGAGACCAGUGACUCCAACACAAGAUGAACCUCCAUCAUCUAUCUUUCCUGACAUCUCCAAACCACCACCAUCUCUCCUAGGAAAGCCUCCGAUGCUGUCCCACCCUCCCCCGCCUGGAGUGUCACCUCCACCAAGAAUCCAGAGCCGAGAACGUGACAGGAGCCACCAUGUCCUACACCGCCACCGCACCGGGCGCGACACCAGAUCCCCCAAGCACUACGUGGAUGACCCCCUGGAAGAGUUCAACCGCUACCUACGAGAAAAAGAGCAGCGAAACACCCGCUCACGUCGGUCGAUCAGCCGCUCUCCCUCCCCGAAGCGGAUCUCGUAUCCUGCAGCUACAGCCCGUCGCUCCGUGUCUCCCCGUCGGAGGUUCUCCAGGUCACCGAGUCCGAGUCGCCGCGCUCUUUCCCCCCUGCGGCGGGAUCCCUACUAUCGUCCCGCAUCGCCAGAAGCAAGACGAUACAAAGAAUCUCGUGACUGGAAGGCGUAUUCUUCCAGUUAUUCAUUGGGGACUUCCUACGGAGAUUAUUCUUCAGACCGGCUCGCAUAUCCAUCACGGUCUUCAGAAUUCGAAAGGCGAUAUGGCCAAGCGCUUUUAUCCGAACAGUACGCUGCUGCCUAUCCCGAACGCAGAUCUUCUUCGAGAGAUCAACAUCACUUCGCGUAUUCUUCCACGUAUCCCUCAGAUUACAAGGGAUACCCCGAAGACGAGUACCAGAAGAGAAGCUUUUCCCGGGAUUAUCGGGCCCGGUCCCCCUACGAUUAUGUAAUCCGCGGGACGACCCCUGAUGAGCUGAGGAAAUCCCUGGAACGAGAACGGCCUCCUCGAGAGACCAAAUACAGAGAUCACGAGAGUCGUUAUGACCGAAGAUCCCACUACACGGAAUCCCAUCGAGCCGAAAAAUUGUGGGAAGAUCCUGCCUUGGCUUUGCCGCCUGCUCCACCCGGGGAGCCACCGUAUAUUCCGCAGAGGACAGACGUUCGACGGAGUCGAACUCCCGAGAGGAGCCUGAGUCGGGAUGCACCAAGAAGUAGCAGGGAAAGAGCGAUUUUACCGCAGAGCAGCAGGGAGAGGACUGGGAUGCUCGACCGAGAAGAUAGCAGUAUUUAUACUCGAGAAGUGGCUGCCGAUCGAUCUCGACACGAAAACGUGUCCCAGUAUCACGACAACCCGAUAUUCCCUCAAAUCAAGGAGCCGAUCCUCGAAAGGAUGGAAUUUAUGCAUAGGAGCAAGGAUCGUUCCGAAAGUGAAAACAAAGACAGAAGCAAGGAACGGUCUACCAGUCGCGGCAAGGAGCACCGAGCGAGCAAGGAAAGACUUUCGAGAAAGGACGAAAAAAAGAAAACAAAAGAACCGGAGAAGGAAAAAGACCGGAAGGGAAGAGAAAAGAAGCGACGACGAUCCCAUAGCCCGAGCGGUUCUGAGUCCGAGCAGAAGUCGCGAAAGAAGGAGGAAGAGAGACCUGACCCCCCAGGCGACGUGCAUAAAUUCACCCUGAGCAACUGGGAGACGGUGGACGCUGAGAUGAACCUAGAGGACAUCUCCCCCGAACACCGAGUAGCAGCGACCCGGGACCCCGUCCCUUCGAAGGAGCCAGAGGAGACCAAGCCGUCAGAGCCGGCCGAGAAGCAGUCGGAACGAGUCGAGGGACGUCCGCCUUCCCCGAAGGUCAAAGAAGAGCCUCAAAUCUCGAAGGCCAAAGCACCCAGGAAGAAGCCGUCGAAAGCGAAGUCUGAGGCGAAGAAACCGAACCCGACCCUAUCCCAACCCGGGAAAGUCCUGGCUUCCAUCGUCGCCCCCUCGAAAUGGGACAACGAUGACGAACCGGAAUCGGAGAAGCCGAGGAGGCGCCCGGAACGAGACGACGAUCGCGAGAAAAGCAGCCGCCUCCCCUCCGAGGUGAUCCGAAAGGCGGAGAAGGCCAUCUUCGAGAAGCAAUCCCGUCCCGUAGAGCCGAAAGAGCCUCGCCCCCGUCGAGUCUACGUCGGAGACGGCGAACGAAGGUCCCCCACCCGUCUUGUGGAACCCGAACUGAAGGCGGACAGCCUCUCUAUCACGAUCCAGUCCCACAAAGAAGAUCGCUCCGUUUCAUACGGGAAGCAGGACCGGGACACCCCUCGCUCCCGCCCCGACUCCCACACCUCAAAGCAACGAAGCUCGCACCGGCACCGCAGCCCUCUGCGGCCUCGUAACGCCUCCGAGCGGACACGCGACGCCCCCGAGAGAACACGGGACGCCUCCGAGCGGACCCGUGACAACCCCGAACGGACCCGUGACAUCACCGAGCGGACCCGUGACACCCCCGAGCGGACCCGUGACGCCUCCGAGCGGACCCGUGACAACCCCGAACGGACCCGUGACAUCUCCGAGCGGACCCGUGACAUCCCCGAACGGACCCGUGACAACCCCGAACGGACCCGUGACAACCCCGAACGGACCCGUGACAUCUCCGAGCGGACCCGAGGCAUCCCCGAGAGGACCCGAGACGUACGUGUGAAAUCCCGACGAUCCCUCUCCCCUCCAAAGACGAGACGAGACGAGAUCCAAAGCACCGUCCACGUGAAGACCAAGGAACGUUCCCCAUCUCCAAACGAGCGCCGGAAACCCAAGAAGAAAAAAUCCCCAGAAGUGAAGAAAAAGAAGAAAGCGGAGAAAGAGAAGAAGAAGAAGAAGAAGAAGAGGAAGACCAAGACGAAGGAAAAGAAAAAGGAGAAGCGAAAGAAGAAGGACUCGGGAGAGGCCAAAGACGAAAACGGGGAGAAGAAGCUGGAAGCAACCGUCCUCGACGAGUCCCACUUCGAGCCGGACUACGACGCCCCCUCCGAAGACGAGGGACCCGACCCCCGACCGAGGCGGAGGAAGGAGUCCUCCAGCGACGACUCCUCCGACGCGGGCUCCACUUCCAGCUCCGACGGGAGCAGCUCGGAGGACCCGGCCUCGAAGCCUUCGCCGGCUUCGAAGCCUUCACCGGCCAAGAAGAGACGCCAAGAGUCCUCGAGCAGCAGUGCCGGCGAGUCUCCGAGAAAGAAGAAGAAAGGCGAAGCCGCCAAGAAGAAGAAGAAAAAGAAAACGUGA